AUGUACGCAGUGGUGCAGGGGAUGAGCGCAGAGGUGCAGGGGAUGCAUGCAGUGGUGCAGGGGAUGCACACAGCGAGGCAGAGGAUGCAGCUGUGCAGGGGAUACUGCGGUGCAGGGGAUGAACGCAGCGGUGCAGGGGAUGCAAGCGGGGGGUGCUGCCCGGGUGCGGGUGACAUUCCUAAUAGUGACCUCUCUAUGCUGUGUCUGUCUCCUCCCUGGACCCAGUGCCUGGCCCCUCACCCAAGGCUGACCUUGCCAAAACCUCUGGAUGUACCCAAUGCCCCCUCCCCACAGCAGCCCCAGGGCUCCCUGACCAGAGCCGAGGGGCAGGAGCGGCCGCCAGGGGGCGCCGUGAGAAGGCCCGAGCCUCGGCUGGUGGCCAUGGCGGCCCCGGGCGGGCCCCUCGGUGGGGCCGGACCCCUGGCUCUGCUCCUGGUCCUCCUGCUCCUCGGACCUGGGCUCGGCGAGGCCCCGGGGGGCACUCAGGUCCCUGGAACGACCCGGCAGAGUCCCCCACCUCACUCUUCCCUGCCCCCCUUCAAUUUCCCUCCUGCAGGAUGUGGCCAUCCGGAGGUGAAAAUAGUCGGAGGAGAGGAUUCCCAGGAAGGCGAGUGGCCCUGGCAGGUGAGCCUGAGGAUCCGACACAAGCACGUCUGCGGAGGCUCGCUCAUCUCCCACCAGUGGGUGCUGAGCGCGGCCCACUGCAUUUUAAGUCGUUACACGUACAGUGUCAAGAUUGGAACCUGGAAUAUUUCAAAUAAAAUCAGCACAGUCAAGAAGGGUGUGGAGAUCCCCGUCAAAAACAUCGUCGUCCACCCGAAGUUCACAAGAAUUCAAAGUCUUCAAAACGACAUCGCGCUUCUCUAUCUUCUCAACCCUGUGAACUUCACCUCUACCAUCAAGCCUAUCUGCAUCCCACAGGAGACUUUUAAGGUGGCAGCUGGGACCAGGUGCUGGGUGACAGGAUGGGGCCGACUUAGGGAAGGAGAACCGGCUAUUUUAUCAGGUGUUCUCCAAAAGGUGGACCAGUAUAUCAUGCGCUAUGAAAACUGUAAUACUAUAAUAAAGCAGGUGAUGGCGAGUUCGGCAGACGUCGUCAUGAAAGGCAUGGUCUGUGGUUAUAAAGAUGGAGGAAAAGAUGCUUGUCAGGGAGAUUCUGGGGGACCCAUGGUCUGUGACUAUAACAACACCUGGAUACAGGUGGGGAUCGUGAGCUGGGGCAUUGGCUGCGGUCGUAAUGGAACACCUGGAAUUUAUACGGAAGUUAGUUCCUACAGAGGGUGGAUAACUGGGGUGUUGAACCAGUCCGUCUUUUUGCAUGUGGUGGCGUCCGAUGUUUUAUUCCUGCUGGUGCCCCUGGGCAUCCUGGUGACCCUGUGA